CAGCGCCUGACGAGCCACCCAGGCCUGAGCAGCAGCCGUGCGGAAGUGGAAGCGGAUCGACAGCACAACUGUUGCGCCCUCUCUGUGGGUCUGAACAAAACUCAGGUUUGGACAUUUCUUACAUGAACAGCACAAGCAAUUGCAUCGUGUGAAGCAAGGAAAACUUCCCAGGAGGAUUAUCGGCAUUUCCAGGGACUGAACUAACUGAAGACAGAUUUCUAAACAGAAACCUAGAGCUGACCAGAAACUCAGCGAGCCAGAGCUUUCCUGCUGCCUGCUCCUGUCAGAGAGCAGAAGAAAAUGCCGCAGGCUCAGAUAAAAGCAAAAAUGUCCUCGGGUGACGAUUAAAAAAAAAAAAGUGAAAAUGAGCAGAAAAACGAUUUCUUCCACAUCAUGUGAAGGACAUCUCGCAGUAAACAGCAUGGAGUUGUUACAGGAAUCCCUGACAUUUCACGAUGUGGCCGUGGAGUUCACCUGGGAGGAGUGGCAGCUGCUGGACCCCGAUCAGAAGAUGCUGUACAGGGACGUGAUGUUGGAGAAUUUAAGCCACCUUGAGUCAGUGGGGUAUCGAGCCAGCAAACUAGACGUGCUUUCCAUGUUGGAACGAGGGGAACAACCAUGGAGAGCACAGGAUGAGCUCCACCAUUUAGUGUGUGCAGAAUUCAGGCAAGAUGAUGAUCCUCUACAGUGUCACUUGCAAACUGAAAACAUUGAGAAGAGUGUGGAACGAUGCUGUGAACAUAACACAUUUGCCAAUAUUGUGAAUAAUUGUGAGAUACAUGAAAAACCUUUAAAAUCAAAAUUAGGUUUUGAAAACCAAAACAGAAGCUGUACCAUAACUAAUUCUGGUGAGUUGAAUGGACAUGGGCCAUGCAUUCUGCAUGGCAACCAACAACAGUGUUACCCUGAAAUUACAUUCUCUUUCAGUAUGGAAAAUGUGAAUACUAAGCCCCAGGUCAUUCAGCAACAGAGGACUCACAAUAUGGAGAAAGACCAUGUAUGCACUGAAUGUGGGAAGGCCUUCUUCGAGAUGUCUCUUCUCACACAACAUAAUAAAAUUCAUAGUGAGGAGAAUCCUUAUGGAUGCAGUCUGUGUGGGGAAGCUUUCUCCACGAAAUACUCCCUCUCUGAACAUCAUAGAAUUCAUGCAGGACUAAGACAGUGCUCUGAAUGUGACAAGACCUUCCUGAAGAAAUUAGACUUGAAUAUACAUCAGAAAACUCACAUGGCAGGGAAACCUAAUACAGAUACUGAGUGUGGAGAAAUGUUAGUCAAAAAGUCUCAGUGCAUUUGUCAUCACCAAAGUCACACAGGAGAGAAACCCUGUGCAUGCAGUGAAUUUGAUAAACAAUUCCCAGUGAAGCUGCAACUUGAUGGACAUCAAUGGACUCAUUCAGGAGGGAAACCUUAUAUUUAUAAUGAAUGUGGUAAAUGUUACAAAAACAAUGGUUGUAUCACGAGACAUCAGCAAAACUAUACAGGAGUGGAGCCCUAUGUAUGUAGUGUAUGUGGGAAAGGCUUCACAUUGAAAGUUGAUCUCAUUUCACACGAGCAAACUCAUUCUUCAGAGAAACCAUAUAUGUGCAAUGAAUGUGGGAAACGCUUCACCGUAAAGAGAUCACUGAUUGAACAUCAGCGAUUUCAUACAGGAGAGAAACCUUAUAUCUGUAACGAAUGUGGGAAACACUUUGCCAGGAAGAGAUCACUAAUUGAACAUCAGCGAUUUCAUACAGGAGAGAAACCUUAUAUCUGUAGAGAAUGUGGGAAAGGUUACACCACGAAGAGUUGUCUGAUUGUACAUCAGCGAUCUCACACAGGAGAGAAACCUUAUAUUUGUAGUGAAUGUGGGAAAGGUUACAUCACAAAGAGCUGUCUGAUUAUACAUCAGCGAUCUCAUACAGGAGAGAAACCCUAUGUGUGUAGUGAAUGUGGAAAAGGCUUCCCAAUGAAGGUGCAGCUGGUUGUACAUCAACGAACUCAUACAGGAGAGAAACCAUAUAUCUGUAGUGAAUGUGGGAAAGGUUUUACCAGGAAGAGUUGUAUGAUUGUACAUCAGCGAUCUCACACAAGAGAAAAACCGUUUGUAUGCAGUGAAUGUGGAACAGCUUUCUCAGUGAAGAGCAAGCUGGUUUUACAUGAACGGUCCCAUACAGGAGACAAACGUUAUACAUGUAAUGAAUGUGGGAAAGAUUUGAAAGCAAAGCAUCAUCUGAUCGCACAUCAGCGGAAACACACGGGUGAGAAGCCCUAUGUAUGUACGAUAUGCGGGAAAGCCUUCACAAUGAAAGGUAAUCUCAUUACACAUCAGCAAACUCAUUCUUCAGAGAAACCAUAUAUGUGCAAUGAAUGUGGGAAACUCUUCACCUUCAAGAGAUCGCUGAUUGAACACAAGCGAUUUCAUACAGGAGAAAAACCUUAUGUCUGUAGUGAAUGUGGGAAACAGUUCAGCAGGAAGGGAUCGCAGAUUGAACAUCAGCGAAUUCAUACAGGAGAGAAACCUUAUAUCUGUGGUGAAUGUGGGAAAGGUUUUGUUGUUAAGAAAUAUCUGAUUGUACAUCAGCGAUCUCACACAGGAGAGAAACCGUUUGUGUGCAGUGAAUGUGGAAAAGGAUUUCCAGUAAAGAUGGAGCUCGUUGUACAUCAACGGACUCAUACAGGAGAGAAACCUUAUAUCUGUAGUGAAUGUGGGAAAGGUUUCAUUAGGAAGAACCAGCUCAUUGUGCAUCAGCAUUCUCACACAGAAAAAAAACCUUAUACCUGUAGUGAAUGUGGAAAAGGCUUCCCAGUGAAGGACAAGCUUGUUUUACAUCAACGUACUCAUACAGGAGAGAAACCUUAUAUCUGUAGUGAGUGUGGGAAAGGUUUCACCACGAAGACUUGUCUCAUUGUACAUCAGCGAUCUCAUACAGGAGAGACACCCUAUGUGUGCACCGAAUGUGGCAAAGGAUUCCCAGUGAAGGUGCAGCUGAUUGUACAUCAGUGGACUCACACAGGAGAGAAACCUUAUGUCUGUAGUGAGUGUGGCAAAGGUUUCACCAGGAAGGACUCUCUGAUUGUACAUGAGCGAUCUCACACAGGAGAGAAACCCUUUGUAUGCAGUGAAUGUGGUAAAGCCUUCCCAGUGAAGAGGAAGCUGGUUGUACAUCAACGGAGUCAUACAGGAGAUAAACCUUAUAUCUGUAGUGAAUGUGGGAAAGGUUUGACCAGGAAGAGCUCACUGAUUGUCCAUCAGCGAUCUCACACAGGAGAGAAACCCUUUGUAUGUAGUGAAUGUGGAAAAGCCUUCCCAGUGAAGAGCAAGCUGGUUUUACAUCAGCGGACUCAUACAGCAGAGAAACGUUAUAUAUGUAGUGAGUGUGGGAAAGAUUUCAAAGUAAAGUGUCAUCUGAUUGCACAUCAGCGAAAACACACAGGUGAAAAGCCCUAGGUAUGUAGUGUAUGUGGAAAAGGCUUUGUAAUGAUGAUGGAUCUCACUUUACAUCAGCAAACUCAUACUUAAGAGAAAACAUGUAUGUGCAUUGGAUGUGUGAAAGACUACCAUGAAGUUUCAUUUCACUGUACAUGUGGAGAAUUCAUACAGGAGAUAAAUUUGUAUAUGCAAGAAAAGUGGCUGAAGCUUAAUUGGGAGAAAACCAUGCUUAUUGCCCAUCUGCGAAUUUAUAUGAAGGGAAAUUAUGUAUUUGCAAUGCAUGUGGAAAGAGCUUCACCAUGAGCAAUGCAUCAGUGAAGUCGUAGUGCAGAAAAUUUGAACAAAUACUGUGAAUAUGGUGAAGAGUUUAGGAAGAAAGCAUGUCCCUGCAACAGAUAUUUUACUCAGGAAAGACUUCCUUUGCAUAUACUGAAUGUGGAAAAUUCUCAUUACCCAUGGGAGAAUUCACAGAGGAGAGAGAAACCCUGUGAAUGGGAUGAUUGGGGGAAUGCCUUCACUACAAAGUAA